CCCCAACGGCCGCCGUGAAUCAAUCAGUAUCAAGUUGAUUAGAACCUUCGUGUCAUUCUUUUGAUAGAGGGAUAAAAACAAGACAUCGAAAAGAGCGUUUCACAAAAUGGGCAAAUUGUUCGUAUUGGUCUUGCUAGCUGCGUCUCUAGACAUAUGUUCUACGCGUCCGUCGCAGAAGGGUAAAAAAAGCGGCUGCUUUCCAAUGAAGAAAAUGCCGAAUUUCACGAUGGUUUCGUUCAAUGCAGAUGUCACUUUGACGUGUCCUAAAGGAAAAAACAUUACGUUUUUAAAACAUUGCGAGCCUCUGAAACCGGGUAAAAUAAAGGUAUCUGGGCGCUUUUUGACGCUUAGAAAGUUUGCGAUGAUGGACAUUGGACGGUACACGUGCCAAUUCACGGAUGCAAACGGACAUGUCCAGCAGUUCCAUUGGGUUCUCCAUUUCAAGAAAAAAACGACUCCUCAAUAUAGAGUGAAGCCAGUUAAAACCAACGUGGUGAUCUAUUGUCAAUCGUUUGUCGGACAGAAUAUCUUCUACUCGGCAAAGAACAACGGUACCCAGCACCUAAGCCCAGUACCAAACAGUCGUCUGAAUAAAAAUAUAACAUCAAAGGAAUACAAAUUGCUCGAUUUGACGAUCCAUGAUACAGGAUUUUACUACUGCGGUAACAGCGCAACCGGAAAGUAUUAUUUGGUAUUACAUCUGGUUGUCACAGGGUUGCCAAAGGUGACCACGAGUGGAAAGUUAGUUGUUAAACGGGGCGAUGAUGUUCAAUUAAAGUGUGUUUACACAGCAUCCGAAAAGAUCGCGUGGUUUAAACAGGGCGUACUCGUUUCUGAAAAUAAACAGGUCAAACUGGUCGAUUUGGCCAACAAUACGCAAUCUUUGACAUUAAACCUCCGGAAUGUCAGCGAAGCUGAUUCAGGCCGAUAUCGCUGCGGUGUGUACUUAAAUAAAACUGUAUUCUCAAAAGACUCAGUUGAUUUAGAGGUCUUUGCGUUCUUUAGCGAGGUUGGAAUAUAUGGUAGUAGAAAUAUGUACUCGACUAUAGUGAUCCUGUGCCAAGCACACGGUGCAAAUGUGACGUAUUCACUGUUAAGAAAGCCCAUGGAUAAUAAAGACCAGCAUACUUUUCAAGCAGUUCCAGAAAAUUUAUAUCAGAAGUUUAAAGUUCCUGGAAUUUUCGUAUUUCAGUUUGCAAAUUCGGCAACAGAAGGCUAUUACAAGUGCCGUGCUACUUCGCAAGGUGUAUCCAUCGAAAGAGAAUUUCCCAAUCCAUUAUGGUUAUCAAACACUUAAAUCAGUCGCUUUGUAUGCAGCUAAGGCCGUUCCUUUCAAAACCCGCAACUCUUGAACUCUAGAGCACGAAAGUGCUGAUGGGUUAAAAUGUAGCAUUGUUAUCCCUUAUUUCAAUCCAAUCUUUUAGAGCAGGUAAAUUUUCUGUUGUGAAUCAUGCAUUUCGUCUUAGAUCUUCUAACAAACCACAAAUUACAAGUUACAAGUCAAAAUUACCCACCAUUCUUCGCGAGCUCAGAGUCUAAAAGUCUUGCUAGAAAAAAACUUUAGUGCAUUAGCUGUAUAUAUAUUAUACAUAAUAUCCAACGUACAAUAUAUACAUAUACCGGCUAUAUAUAUAUUUAGCCGAAGUUACUUAUGUGUGUGAGCGAUAAGAUAGAUAAGAUUAAUAAUCUCUUUGUCUAGUUUCCAUUUGGUAGUAAUUGUCGUGUCAAAAAUAAUUUUUACCGUUGAAAUAUAGUCCAGAAGUAAAUUUGUCUUUAUUUCUGUAUUCAAAUUGGUCAUGUUUUGACUGCGCACACAUAGAAAUGUUCUAUCACAUUAGCAACCUUGACAUGUUCACGACAAUCACGACUAUAAAAUUAAUGGCAACACAGAUAGAACCAUGCAGGCAUUACGAAAGGCUGAAUGUUACUCUUAAGCAUCGAAUUUUGAAGUACAGUAUUCUUACGUCAUUAUCAUAGUGCACCACCUAUUACUUUAUUAGCAAAAUUUUGUUUAUAAUAAUAAU